GUCAUUGCCAGCUUCUCAUUUGUCUCAUGGAUAUCUUCACCAUUCUGCCCCACAUAUUUAUUUGCAUGACGAAACAAACCUUUCCAAGGUCAACAGGAUUUCGAGUCGCUCUGUUCUCUGAAGGACUGGCGUUUGUCGAUUCCACAUCAUGCAUCUUGUCACUCUUGCUUAUCUUGCAAUUUGUCGUGUCGACUUAGACGGCGUUGAAAGCUCUUCGCAUCCGUGAAUGCUCUCGCUCGAUUGGAGGAUAACAGCGCUGUCUACGGCUUCGACAUGCUCUCUCAAGAACCGACGUUGUUCAGCCACCCCUCGCCGUCGUCCUCCUCCUCUCCGCCAGACAAAAAAUGGUGAACGCACCGACGCGGUCUUCACUCCCUCGCGAGUUCUGGCUGAUUGUGCUCAUAAUGUGGACAGAACCGCUCUGCGCGACGGUCAUCGACCCCUUCGUCAACGCCUUCAUCCGCGAGUCAGGAAUCACUGGAGAUGACGACACAAAAACGGGCUACUACGCCGGCAUCAUCGAAUCUGUAUUCUACAUCGGGGAAUCCCUCUCUGUCGUCUUCUGCGCCCGUCUCUCCGACCGCUAUGCCCGUCGUCCCAUCCUCCUCCUCGGCCUCCUCGGCCUCUCAAUCUCAAUACUCUCCUUCGGCUCUGCGCCCUCCUUCUACCUCCUGGUCAUCAGUCGAUUCUUCCAGGGAUGUUUCAACGGAUCCUUGGGGAUCGCGAAGACGGUGUUGAAUGAGAUUACGGACGAUGGAAAUAGGGCGAGGGCGUUCAGGGCGAUUCCGCUCACAUGGACAGUUGGUGCUGCCGUAGGACCCUUCCUAGGCGGCACGCUUUCAAGACCAGCACAGCAUUUCACUCGUUCAUUCGCGAAAUCGAACUUUUUCGUUCAGAACCCCUAUUUCCUGCCGUGUGCCACUGCGGCCUUCAUCACCUUCCUCGUUUUUAUCGUCAACGUUGUAGUGCUACGAGAAACCUCGCCUCUCAAAUCAUACAACGGUGAUGCCCUCGCAAAGCCCGUCGAUAUCGAAGUAACAACACCUCAGGUUGAGCACCAAAGCGAACGCACCGCUCUCCUCGCUAUAUCCCGACCCAACUCUUCCGUAUACUACGAUGCCACAUCCACGCUUUCCUCUUCCUCGAAUUAUUCUUCCUGUGCUCACGCCACCGCCACACUACCCCUUCCCGAAACUCACGAACGAUACGAUCAACAACAUCCCCUCCGCAGAAUCUUCAAAAACGGAACACUCGUUGUUGUUCUCUCUUCAUACACCCUCCUUGCGUUUCUCGACCAAUCCCAUCAGGUCCUCUUCCCAUUAUUCGCUUCCACGCCUUCCGCAGUCGCUCUCACCACCGCCGCCGCCGCCGCCCUCAACGCAAGCACAUCGUCCUCCAGCGGUGGCCUCGGCCUACAACCCUCAGCAAUCGGCCUAACCCUCGCCUCCUUCGAGCUCCUCAACGUCCUCUCCAUCUGGUUCCUCUUUCCUCACCUCAUGGAUCGUUCUUCAUCGGGAAUAGGCCCGAGAACGGCGUAUGUCUGGGGUAUGAGGGUGAUGGUGGGUGUUUGGGGGUGUUAUGCGGCGUUGGGGGAGAGGGGGAGAUUGGGUUUGAUAAGUGGUGGUGGUCGGAGUAGGGAUGGUGGGGAUGGGCUGGGGUGGAGGGUUUGGGCGGUUUUGGUGGUGCAGUAUUUAUGUGGGAGUGCGGGGUUGACUUGUUAUGGUGCGAUGCAACUCCUCCUAUCCACACACGCUUCCCCCUCCCCCGCACUCCUCGCAACCAUAAACGCCCUCGCUCAAAUGCUACAAUCUAUAUCUCGGGCUAUCGCUCCCGUUGUGGCUUCGUCGCUCUUCGCCUUUAGCAUGGCGCAAUCUAAGCAACGUGGCGGUGACGACAGUGGAGAUGGAGGUGCAUUGGUGGGAGGGAUGGUGGUGUGGGUCGUGUUGGGCGGUGUGGCGAUGGGGAGUGCGUGGUUGGCGGGAUGGAUACCGAAGGAUGGGCCGUCCUCGUCUAGGCCGUUGUCGUGGGGAGGAGAUGAGGAGGAGGAAGUCGACGUUGGUGAACUUGAAAGGAGGAACAGCGAUGAGAGAGCCGUGGUGCUCAAGGAUCGUUCGACUACGGACUGAGAUUUCAGUUUUUGGAACUCCGAUAGUGGUGAGUCAGGGCUGGUGGAGGCGAUGGGAACGCCACGUGGGUGGAAGGGAGGGGAGUGGAGGAGAGGCGAUGAUAGGGGGUCGUGCUGCGUGGUGUUGUAGUGAGGUGCGGACCGGGAGGGAGUAUCGAACGAUUGGUAUGUUGUUGCUGGAGGAGGACAAGCAGGAAGGUGACCGGAGGGUGAAGGCGAAUGAGCGGGUUGUCUCGAUCAAGGUUUUGUUCGACAGGCGAAGAGCUGGGACUUCAGAUCUGGGAAUUUCGUGUUUCUGAGACUGAGUCUUCGGAGGAACUUCAUUUGCGCUAUGCCGCAGAUUCGUAUCGACCUUGCAACCCCCUUCCGUGCCGGACUCUACGCUCAUACUCGUCGUUGCAAGCUAUCCACCCUCGCUGUUUUCGCUCGUUACGGUAAUUAGCGAGACACAGGGAUUCUGAGCCUCGUAACACUUCGGACUAUUUCUCGUAUUCUUGAGGGUCUUCUGUCACGGUACGACAACGGAGCUCCAUCUUUGUCUUGAGCAGAUCCAAUAUGAUCUCGUUCGAACACAGAAUAGCGAGGAGCAGUCCGACAACAUCUUUGUCUCUCACUCCUGUUGUUUCCCACCUGGCACAUGAACACCUUAGGGAGCGCGGUGUUGGCGGGUGGAUAGUGAAAGGUGGGCCGUCGUCGUCGUCGUUGCCUUUCCCCUCGUCCGAAAGCGAUGGAGAUCGGAAGCACGAAAUGCAGGGUGGCAUGAAAAUGGAUGUAAGACCGUCGAGGAUUGUUCGACUACGGAUUGAGUCGUCGGUCAUGGAACAUCGAUUCAGCGACUUCGAGGUCACCCUGGGAGUCUUACUCACGACCGUCACUCAUCAUCGCCAGUCGUCCUCGUUGCUGCUCGCCACCUACGAUCGAAUGGUCUCGCUUUCAAUCCUCGUGGUCAUGGUGAUACAUCAUUUUGUGCCUCUCAUGUUCUUCGGGCUCUCGUAUUCUUCGGGAUAC